UGCAGCAGUACAGGUGAGACGACAGACGUCACGUGACCAGAGGUUCACCGUCCAGGUGAGACGGCGGGAGUCAGUCAGACAGACAGCUGCUGUUCAUGACAGAACACACAACAAACAACAACGAGCUGGCAUGUAAUUCACGGAAUAAAUCUCUUCAUCAUGAAUUCAAGCGGUGGAUUAGGCCUAUCAGACGAUGAAGACAAGAUUACUAUUUUAUCUUGGAUCUACGUGUCGACUUUGAGUUUAAGUCUGAUAGGUAGUUGUUCUGUCGUUGUGGUUUCCAUCAUAAAGAGAAGGCAUCUCAAUGAACAGGCAAAGCCUCUUCUUCAGCUGGCACUGGCAGAUUUCCUGGCAUCGCUUGUUUUGAUGAUCACCGCCAUAAUUAAUUUACCCCAUGAAAUUUGGCCGUUCAGUGAAGAGAUGUGCAACUACGGAUUGCCUUUGUCUUUGGCCUUCUACUGCGUCUCGUUUCUGCUUGUCAUCAUUUAUGCCUGUGAGUCAGCACAUGCGUUUCAAGGAUGGAGGGAAAAACCAGUGCAGGAAGCCUUUGAAACCCAGUUAGCACAGUUAUCACUCAGAAGGAGGAGGUUUUGUCUGAUCUAUGUUAUUGCGUGGCUUGUACCAAUAAUUGGAUACUUUAUCUACAUUCGUACCGUCCAUUAUAUGGAAGCUACUGUAACGCCAGCACAGAUGCCAACACUGACAACCGUCAGCAGAGGACCCACCGCCAGGUUCUGCAACAGCUGCAUUCUCUUCCUGCAUCUCACAAAUGACUCUUGCAUAACAGUGGAUGCAGCUCAUGCUGAGUUCAUUCGAAUUUUCACAUUGAGCAGUGUGUUGAUGGUCAUCAUCGUCUGCACAGUGGUGUACUGUAAGUUAGAGAGCUCUUAUAGGCGCUAUGAGAACACAAGCCUGAUCACAAGGAUACAGAAACAUCCAGGUGGGAUUUGGCCUUCGGCUCGAUAUAUGAUCCUUGUUAUCAUUUUCUGCUGGGCACCAGCUCUGCUUCUCAUCUGUCUGUCUUUCGCACAACCUAGGAUAAAACAUCUCUUCCCUCUCUAUGUCACACAGGCGCUGUCAGUGUCACUCCAGGGUUUUCUGAACAGUAUUGUGUACGCAUGGAGACGACGCAAUUUCAGAGAUGCCGUUCUGGGGGAACGUCUGCCUCUCAUGGCCUACUCUAACAGAGCCUUCUUUGACCAAUCGUUAAAUGAGCCAUCAUGAAAUCACAGAAAUCAUGUACAUGUUAUGUGUGUAAAAACAUACGAGCUUUCUUUUACAAAUAUGUUUGCUUAAAUGUUUUCUAUUUAUUUUUAUAUAUAUAUAUUUGUGAUAACCGUU